AUGCCGUUCGGACUGGGCGGCAUGGGCGCGGCGCUGCCGAAGUCGAAGAAGGCGCAGAAAGUGGACGAAGCGGACGCGAUUCGAGUGGAAGGAAACGAAAAGUUUGCGAAGGGGGAUUAUCUCGGCGCGAUCGCGGCGUAUGACGCGGCGCUGAAGUUGAAUGGGUCGGACGCGAGCGCGUACGCGAACAAGGCGGAGUGCUACUUGCGAGCGCGAGUGUUCGAGAAGGCGUUGGAGUGCGCGACGAAGGCGUUGGAGUGCUCGAAGGGGGAUAAGGCGAUGGAACUGAAGGCGAUUUAUAAGAAGAGCAUGGCGUUGAACGGGAUGGCGCGAUACGUGGAUGCGGCGAAGACGGCAGAUGAGGGAUCGCGUCUCGCCGACGCGCCGGAGGACGCGGCGGUUCGGGCGACGCUGGAAAAAGUCAAGCUCGAAUGCGAUAUGCUCACGGCGCAAGCGUUCACGGGGGCGUACGAUCUCGGAGCGUUGUAUUUGAACCGCAUGGGUGCGAGUUUCCGCCGUUGUGCGGAUUACAUCGGUGUGGUUCGAGUGUCCAAGCUCUCCGACGGUCGUCGCGGCUUGGUGACGACGAGCGCCGUCGCGGCGGGAGAUUUGCUCAUGGUGCAGAGCCCGCUGAGCUCGGCGUCGUUCGGCAAGACGGUGGAACAAAACCUCGUCCGCGGUCUUUACGAGGCUGCGCGCGCGCACCCGGCCGAUUGGGCGAUUCUCAAGGCUCUGCCGGCGUCGAGCGAGGAUGAACAAAAAGACGCGCCGGAGAUGAGCGUGUUUCGCAAGCACAUCAGCGCGGCGAAUAAGGAAAACGCACCCGCGCCCGAGAGCCCGGAAGAACUGGCGUUCAUCCCGAAAGUCGUCGCCAACUGCGCCAUCUCUGGGCGCCGUCUGUGCGGCGUCUGGCCGCUGCCGAGCUUCAUCAACCACUCGUGCGCGCCGAAUUGCCAUCGCAUCAACGUCGGGCAAAUCAUGCUCGUCUUCGCCUCGCAAAAUCUCCCGGCGGGGGCGGAGAUUACGAUGAAGUACUACGACACGCUCAUGCCGAAGAAAGACCGCGACGCGUUCGCCAGUCGACGCGGGUACAUGUGCAACUGCGCGCGAUGCGCUUUCGAAUCCACGGGCGACGUGAGCGAGGAAAAGAAAGCCGACGAGGCGGAAGAAAACGAUGAGGGCGCCGGGCCGAUUACGUGCGCGGUCAACGAGCUCAAGCGCAAGCUCAAGCCCGUGCUCAAGGAUUUCAAGGAAGAGUUGGCGGAGAUGAAGAAAACGAAGGGCAAGACGGUGCCGAACGUGAACCCGUUGAUCGAGCUUCGAGGGUGGUACGAGAGUCGCCUCGCGGCGCUCAAUCUCAGUCGCGCGCAGCUCGCCAUGGCGCGCAUGUCGUGCUACUCGAUGAGCGGGCGAGAUGAAGCACGCGCUCGUUAAGACGAUCAUAGAGGAUUUGAGCGCGGUGGAUGCCGGUGGAUUCGCGGCGUGCAAACAGAGCACAAUGUUGGCGAACAACGCGCGGCGAACGUUCGGUAAGGAUUCGCGCGAAGUCGUCGACGCGACGAACGUCAUGGUCGAGACGCACUGCCUCCGUUACGGCGCGAUCGGCGGAGAAGAUUUGAUUGAAAUCGUCCGUCGCACGGAGCAGUCGAUUGCCGAGGAGACGGGUGAAUU